AUGGCAAAAUUAGCAAGCGAGGAGACUCCUCUACUCAUCGCUUCCGGAACUGGCCCGGCCAUCCAGGCCUCACAACCACAAGGUGAUCUCCUCACUCGGAAAAUAUCAAAUAAUGGCGACACCACAACAUCAAAAUCAACUAAUGUUGAAUACGAAAAUGUGCCGUUACCAAAAUUUCAGAUUUUCGUCUUAUGCGUCGCGAGAGUGAUCGAGCCAAUGGCAUUUUUCGGCAUUUUUCCUUUCGUAAAUAAAAUGAUAUGGGAGACUGGCGAUAUAGACGAGUCAGACGUUGGGUUCUACAGUGGUUUAAUUGCAUGCCAACAUCUCCCCAUUUAUCCUGUCAUUGAGUUAGUCUUAUGACACUGAAGAAGCAGAAUGCUAACAGAAACUUUCCCUCUUUAGGAAUCAAUGUUUUCCUUCACACAAAUGUUGUUGAUGAUUAUGUGGGGUAAUCUCUCGGAUCGGACUGGAAGGAAACCAGUCAUGGUUUUUUCGUUGACGGGUGUUGCAUUUGGAACAGCGUUAUUUGGUUUCAGCAAAACUAUAUGGCAAAUGAUUCUGUUUCGGUGCUGCGCUGGAAUCUUUGCUGGAACGGUAGUGUUCGUACAGAUGAAAACCCAUUGUUCUUCAGCAUAUACUAAUGAGACUAUAGAACUAUAAGGACGAUGAUCACGGAGAAUAGCACGCGAGAAACUCAGGCGAGAGCUUUCAGCUUUUUUGCUUUCAGCGGCAAUCUUGGAAUUUUGGUUGGACCAUUGCUUGGUAAAUACCCCCAAACGUUUUAUAUCAUCGCUCCUAAUCACUGAAGAUUUUUAGGCGGGGCUCUUUCAGAGCCAGCAAAGCAGUAUCCAAAGGUAUUUGGACAUUUGGCCAUCUUUAAACAGUUCCCGUAUAGCCUUCCAACUUUGGUGAGCGGACUUCUAGCUUUGCUAGCAACUGGUGUUUGUUGGGUGUUUUUAAAAGAGGUUAUUAUGAUUGUCUCCCAACUUUUCGAGUUGUGAUUAACAUACACCUAGACGUUGAAAAGAAGAGUUGCAGAUGCCCCGGCUCCUCCCCCAAUUGCAACGAUGGACAUCAUCAGAUCUCCCGGGGUACCAAUCAUUUUGUUCCUUUAUGGUCACGUAAUGCUUCUUGGACUGGCAUACACAGCUGGUAGAUAUAGUUCUCCCAAGUCUCACUGACAAGACUAAUCGGUUCAAGUGUCUCCAGUUUACUGGUUUACCGAUAUAUCGAUUGGUGGUUGUUCUUUCACUCCCAUGCAAAUUUCCUACUUUCUUGCUGGAAUUGGAAUUUCGCAAGCAACAUGGCUACUCCUCGUCUUCCCGCCUCUGCAAUUAAAAUAUGGCACGGGAAACGUUUUGCGUUUGUGCCUAUACGCAUGGCCUUUCUUUUUCGCGGCCGCACCACUUUGUAAUUGGUUUUUGAGAAAGGGAUGGACAACAGCCUUCUGGAUUGUGGCUCCGACAAUAAUGAUUGGGGGCAGCGGAGUAGCCAUGGCAUUUAGUCAGUCACGCCUUUCGACGAAUCCUAGAUUGACAUGCUAACACGAUUUUGCAGCUGCUGUCCAACUGGCUCUGAACGAUAUUUCUCCCUCCCAGCGAAGUCUCGGUACUCUCAAUGGAGUAGCUCUUACAUUGACCUCGGGAAUCCGCACGAUAGGGCCAGCUAUUUUCACGAGCUUGUUCGCAGUUGGUGCUCGCACACAGUUUCUGAAUGGGUAUUUAGUGUGGGUGAUUCUGAUUUUGGUUGCGCUUUUAGGGAUUGUAGGGAUGAGAUACUUCCCUGAGGAAGCUGAAGGGAGGGUAAAGAAGCAGGCUGUGGUCGAGGAAUGAGGUUUCUUUGAAUGAUACUAUUAUUGUGUAAGCUGUCUUUACAGAAAAGACUCGCAACAAGGAUAUGGAUGGGCCCGGAUAUAGUAUGCUAAACACAUGAACGAGGAUAUCCUUAUGGCGAGUUCCUUAGCAUAGGCAACGGCAAGGUCACAUAUUUAAGUGUUAGGAAUACAUAAACUAGUUACUCGUAGAG